AUGGUUUCUGGGCCCCUGGCACUCCGGUGGUACGCGUGGGCGGGGCGUGGGGACAUGGGGCCCGACAUGGAGCUGCCCAGCCACUCCAAGCAGCUCCUGCUGCAGCUGAACCAGCAGAGGACGAAGGGCUUCCUGUGUGAUGUCAUCAUCAUGGUGGAGAACUCCAUCUUCCGUGCCCACAAGAACGUCCUGGCUGCCAGCAGCAUCUACUUCAAGUCCCUGGUCCUGCACGACAACCUCAUCAACCUGGACACGGACAUGGUCAGCUCCACGGUGUUCCAGCAGAUCUUGGACUUCAUCUACACGGGCAAGCUGCUGCCCAGCGACCAGCCGGCCGAGCCCAACUUCAGCACUCUCCUCACUGCCGCCAGCUACCUCCAGCUGCCCGAGUUGGCAGCGCUCUGCCGCCGUAAACUCAAGCGAGCCGGCAAGCCCUUCGGCUCCAGUCGGGUGGGCGCCACCGGCAUGGGGAGGCCACCCCGCAGCCAGCGGCUGUCCACAGCCUCCGUCAUCCAGGCGCGGUAUCCGGGGCUCGUGGACGGACGGAAGGGGGCCCACGCCCCCCAGGAGCUCCCCCAGGCCAAAGGCUCGGAUGACGAGCUCUUCCUUGGAGGCUCCAGCCAGGAGGGUGUGCAUGGCCUGGGCCGGGCCGUCUGUCCAGCCAGCGGGGAGGCCGGCCUGGGCAGCUGCAGCACCAAUGGGAGCAGCGGGGGCUGCGAGCAGGAGCUGGGCCUGGACUUGUCCAAGAAGAGCCCUCCCCUGCCUCCCGCCACCCCCGGUCCCCCCCUGACCCCUGACGACUCAGCCCAGCUGAGUGACAGUCAGCACGGCUCGCCCCUCUCAGCCUCCGCCCCUCCUGUUGCCAACAGUGCCUCUUAUGCUGAGCUGGGGGGCACCCCCAAUGAGCCCAUGGACCUGGAGGGGGCCGAGGACAACCACCUGAGCCUGCUGGAGGGGCCCGGUGGGCAGCCCCGGAAGAGCCUGCGGCACUCAGCCCGCAAGAAGGAGUGGAGCAAGAAGGAGCCCAGGGUGGGGUCCCCCUUUGAGCGGAGGGAAGCGGGGCCCAAGGGCCCCUGCCCAGGGGAAGAGGGCGAGGGGCUAGGGGACAGGGUUCCCAAUGGCAUCCUGGCCAGCAGUGUUGGGGGGGGUGGCCCCAGUGGGCCCUACGUGGAGCCCCCGUACCCCUGCAAGGAGGAGGAGGAGAACGGCAAGGAUGGGAGUGAGGACAGCGGGCAGAGUGGGAGCGAGGGGGGCAGCGGCCACGCCGGCACGCACUACAUGUACCGGCAGGAGGGCUACGAGACCGUGUCCUAUGGGGACAACCUGUACGUGUGCAUCCCCUGCGCCAAAGGCUUCCCCAGCUCCGAACAGCUCAAUGCCCACGUGGAGACACACACGGAGGAGGAGCUGUUUAUCAAGGAGGAGGGUGCCUACGAGACGGGCAGCGGGGGCGCCGAGGAGGAGGCCGAGGACCUGUCGGCGCCCAGUGCGGCCUACACGGCCGAGCCCCGGCCCUUCAAGUGCUCGGUCUGCGAGAAGACCUACAAGGACCCGGCCACGCUGCGGCAGCAUGAGAAGACACACUGGCUGACCCGGCCUUUCCCCUGCAACAUCUGCGGCAAAAUGUUCACGCAGCGCGGCACCAUGACGCGCCACAUGCGGAGCCACCUGGGCCUCAAGCCCUUCGCCUGCGACGAGUGCGGCAUGCGCUUCACCCGCCAGUACCGCCUCACUGAGCACAUGCGUGUGCACUCGGGCGAGAAGCCCUACGAGUGCCAGCUCUGCGGGGGCAAGUUCACCCAGCAGCGCAACCUCAUCAGCCACCUGCGCAUGCACACCUCUCCCUCCUAG